GUAUUUGCUAGCUAGCGAGGAUGCAGGCCUCUCUAGCUUGUGCCGCCAAGAUCGGCGCUGGAUCUCCGUGUAGCACCAGGUGGGGCGGCGUCGGGAGCACCAGAUCCGCUGCUGCUACUGCGUUGAGGCUCCCUCCGCUCGCAGCCGCGCUUCCAGUGAGUGGUGGAACUAGGACUAGUAGCAGCAGUAGCAAGCUCUUCCUGGGAUGGGAAGGAGCGAUCCAGCAGCAGCCAUCGCAGCAGGCACGGAGCAAGCGGAUCGUGCGAGCCGAGGCGUACGAAGCUGAUGCUGAUCACGAGCCGGCUGCCAAGGCUCCUCCCCAGCUCAACCGGCUCAAGAUCGGGAUCUACUUCGUGACGUGGUGGGCGCUCAACGUCGUCUUCAACAUCUACAACAAGAAGGUGCUCAAUGCCUACCCCUACCCGUGGCUCACCUCCACGCUCUCCCUGGCCGCUGGCUCUGCGCUCAUGCUCGCGUCCUGGGCCACCGGCCUCGUCGCCCCUCCCGACACGGACCUCGCCUUUUGGAAGGCGCUCCUACCGGUUGCGCUGGCUCAUACCAUUGGUCACGUUGCCGCCACGGUGAGCAUGUCCAAGGUUGCCGUCUCCUUCACUCACAUCAUCAAGAGCGCGGAGCCAGCCUUCAGUGUUGUGAUCCAGCGUCUCUUCCUGGGAGAGACCUUCCCCCUCUCCGUCUACCUCUCGCUUGUGCCCAUCAUCGGUGGCUGCGGCCUUGCCGCACUCACGGAGCUCAACUUCAACAUGACGGGCUUCAUGGGGGCGAUGAUCUCCAACGUUGCGUUCGUGUUUAGAAACAUCUUCUCCAAGAAGGGAAUGAAGGCUGGCAAGGCAGUCGGAGGCCUAAACUACUACGCUUGCCUCAGCAUUAUGUCGCUGCUGCUCCUCACGCCCUUCGCCAUCGCCAUGGAGGGGCCUCAGCUGUGGGUGUCGGGGUGGCAGAACGCCGUGCACAACGUCGGGCCGCACUUCAUCUGGUGGGUUGUGGCCCAGAGCGUCUUCUACCACCUCUACAAUCAGGUGUCAUACAUGUCCCUGGAUGAGAUCUCGCCCCUCACCUUCAGCAUUGGGAACACGAUGAAGAGAGUCAGCGUCAUUGUCUCGUCUAUAAUCAUCUUCCGCACGCCUGUUCAACUCAUCAAUGGCGUCGGAGCCGCCAUCGCCAUUCUUGGGACGUUCCUCUACUCACAGGCAAAGCACUGAGCCACCAUAGCUUCCUUUCAUACAAAUAAGUGGCACCAAUUUUCCGUAUAUAAUAUAUAAACACUGUUCGGUUCAAUCAUAUAUGUUAUUCUCUCU